AUGGCAAUGGUUCCCGAAGCGGGCCGCCGUCGAGGAAAAGAGUUCACGCUGAGACGCCUCGUCAAAGACUGCCAGCGAGUGAAGGGAGAACCCGAGAGACAGGACAUCGGGCCGGUUCCCUCGCGGAUCCGGUCGAUCGCAGCCGCCUUGACUCCGAUCGUGCCAGCCUCCUUCUUUCUCCUGCCCCAAGUGUUUGGGGCCGCGGACGCGAAGCUGGAGUUUCUGGUCUUCUUCCUUGCUCUUCUACUCGCAUUUUCCACGGGCUCGGUCGGACUCAAACUGGUGAGCAGGACCCGACCGUCCGUCGCCGAUUCCGUUUCAGACGCCCUGCACAGGAGCAGCGGGCAGCUCGCGGCUGUCCUCUGCGCCGUCGGGUCCCUGCUCUCCGACCUCAGCGUCCUCGCUCUCCUCGCCAAAGGGUUAUCCGGUUCCUUGGAAUCGCUGAGCAAGAAUCAAAUUUAUGUCUGGGCCAAUUUUGGGAUCCCGGCUUCCACUGUAGACAUUCCGGCGGCCAUUGUCGUCGUCGCGGUUUUUCUCAUACUUCAAAUCACUUCUCUGGAUUUUCGCGCUCUGAAAGUGGCAGGUGACGUAUUGGCGGUAAUUAGCCUCGCGACGAUCAUCUUCGGAACGGCAGCGGGACAAACCCUGACUACCGCGGAAGCCAUCAGAAAAACAUCAAAAGUGGGGCUGGUCUUGGCGCUGGGCGUGCUGUGGGGGGUGUUGGUUCGACCUCUGACCCCGAGGAAACCCGGACACAUUGGGGAACACCAGCCACAAAAAUUACGAAGGGUGGCGUCUACCAUCGCGGCCGUCGUGGGAUUCCUCAUCGUUUCGUUGCUGGCCGUCUCACAAGUCCAUAACGCACACACGGAAGCUUUCUUUAACGACACGUAUCUCAACGGCACGUAUCACGACAGCACUUCCGUUUUUCCCGGUCUCGCCGGUGAUAGUAAAGCAAGGGAGUGGAAUACCUGGGUUUUGGUCACAUUCUUGUUUCUGCUAUUCAUGGCGAUCGUCACGUUCCCAGAGGCCUUCCUCGUCCCUGUCGCGACUCUUACGCGUCUGAGCGAAGACCAUCUUUUCCCACGAUUUCUCAAAGUCGAAAAUCCCUACAGUGGCUCCAACGUCACUGCAGGUGGGGUUUGUGCGAUCGUGGCCGCCUCACUGGCCCUGGGCUCGUCGCUGAGGAAGCUCACGAUUUUCUUCGCGACCGGAACCGCGUGGGAGUAUGCAGUUGUAAUCCUGUCAGUGAUGUCAAAACGGUUGAUGCAAAUGCACGGGAGAUCGGAAGAACAGGACUCAGAGCGCGGCGCUCGGAGCAAACGGAAGAGGGCAUCUCGCGCUUUCGAGUCGUUUAGGCGUCGUCUCGGGAGAGUCAUCCCAAGAAAACGAAAUCGUUCUCGAAGCGGGAGAAGAGGAAAAAAGAAGGAAUGGGUGGGCUUGUCAUUGCAUCACUGCCUGGCCCUCAUCGUGUCGGGUUCCUUUACGUCGGCCGUCACCUUCUUGUCCAACGAUGCCACCUGGGCCUGGGGACUCAGCCUCACGAUUUUACUUCUCACCUUGGGAACUUCUUUGCUAUUUCUAUACGCGAAUGCGCCCAAACGCGAAGCAUCGGAGACGAGCAGCUCCUUCUCCUUAUCGCCCUUCCCUUUCACUCACGGCAUCACUGUCGCCGUCGUCUGCUUCGUUUUCACCGUCGCAUUGCGUCAGUCGUUGCCGGUUUUCCUCGCCUUCUUCGUCGUCGGAAAUCUUCUGUACGUGAUCACCCGGUAUUGGGUCCUGAAAGAGAAGCCAAGAGCGAGUGAGGUCUGAGUCGUUCGUCAGAUUCGCAAGUGUCAUUCCAGAAUCGUGCAAACGUAGGGAAGCGAAAACAUCCAAGAUUCAGCACAGAUAAAAUGCUUUUCGUUUACGAGCUGACUCGUCGCAUUCAUCCUUUUCCAGC